UCAAAACAACAACAUGGUUGCAUCGCUGGUCCAGAUUUGGCAAAAUUUCGGAUUUUCGUUUUAAAACUUUUCAAAAAAAUCUAUUCAACUGGUAAAAUUAAUCAACACAAGUUUCCGUAUGUUGUAAUAAUUCGACCGAUUGCACUGAAGCCUCAAGAAAAAGGGAUAAUUAUUGUUUUUUCUCCGGAAAUGGACUACAAGCUCAGCAUCAUUCGGAUGGACCGCGUUUGUCGUUUGUGCAUGAACGGUGGUAAUGAGUUGCAAUCUAUUUUCGGACAUCCACAGGACAUACCGGAACUGGUGCGGCUCCUUGCUAAAGUGGAGGUUCUGGAAACCGAUACUCUCCCGAAACAGAUUUGUCCAGAGUGCGUGACCAACGUGAAGGAUGUUUUCAAGUUUAAGGAUCUGUGUAUGCAAACUGAUCGUACCUUGCGGAGUUAUGUCGCGGAUGAGGAAACACCGCUGGCUCCAGAGUUUAUUAAGUACGAAAUCGACGAAUCAACGAGCGACCACGACGACGGUGGAGUGGGCGAAGAGAAUUUCAUAGUAACUUUUGAAGGGGACUCUGAUGGCAAUGAAAAGGUAGAAAUAGAAGAAGUAAAACCUGUGAGACGUUUGCGAAAUCGGAGUAUCAGAAGCGCAGUCAUAGAUUCAGAUGAUGAACCGCUGCUUCCCAGAGCGGAUAGAAUCGAUGAAUAUGACUGUUCACAGUGCGAUGAGAUAUUUAAAGAUAAAGCUUUUGUCAAAGUUCACAUUCAAAGUGACCAUGCAGACGAGAUGAGUUCACCGGAAGAAAGGAUUCGGCAGUGUUUUUAUUGUCCGAAGGCUUACUCGAACUACGAAUUUUUGAAAAUUCAUUUGAGUAUCCAUCCGCAGGAUGAGUGGAUCUGCACAAUUUGUGAUAAAAAAAUUAAGAAAAAGGGUAAAUUCAUAGAUCACCUCAGGAUGCAUGCGGAUGAACGUUUCUACGAAUGUGAGCUUUGUGGAGACAGUUUCACUACGCACAAGUGUAUGCUGGACCAUAACAAGGGGCAUGAAAGGAAAAAGGGCAAAGAUCAGAAGAUAAAAAACGAUGAAUGCAGUGAUAGCGACGUGGAUUCGGCAGCUGAAGAUGAUCCCGAACUAGAACAAGAUGAACACGAAGAAUAUUUAUCGGACAACGAAUAUUUAACGACACAUUUGGAACUGAACCCAGCUGCUCCGAACCAGUGCACGAUAUGUGAGAGAAUGUUUGAUCGAGUUAUGUUCGUAAAAUAUCACUUGGAAAGUGAACACGUCCCGUUGGACGAAUCCAAUGGAUAUGAUUACCAGUGUGCGAUUUGUAAGAAAAACUUCGUCGCUUUCGAACACCUCACGAGCCACGUGAAGCUUCACCCUGAAAAGAAAUUCUGGCACUGUGUCGAGUGUAAGAAACUGUUUCGGCGAUCGGAUAAAUUCAAGGAUCAUCAACGGUUGCAUCUUAACGAUCGGCCUUUCCUGUGUACGUAUUGUGGCAAAGAUUUUCCGACCACCAAGUACAUGAGCCGGCAUUUGGCUACACACAUGAAGGAGAAGGUUAAAAAACCGGAUGAGGAAUUUGAGUGCGAGGUAUGUUCGAAAAAGUUCAAGUACAAAUCUAACUACACCAACCACAUGAAAACACAUGGGCCGGAACAUGCGAAACAGGUCAAAUCCGAUCCGGAUUCACCGCCGAAGAAGAUCUAUCUAUGCAGUAUUUGCGGUCGCAACUGUGGUUCUUCGAGUAAUCUGACGGUGCACAUGCGAAGGCACAACGGACAAGCCAUUUGUUCGUGCUCGGUCUGUGGAAAAGGAUACCCCAGGAAGGCGGAUCUUGUGAUGCACAUGCGGAAGCAUACAGGUGAAAAACCAUACGAGUGUUCCACUUGUGGUCGAGGAUUUGCCAGGCGAGAUAAGCUUCGCAUUCACAUUCGUACCCACACCGGUGAGAAGCCUUAUGCAUGUCCUUGUGGUCGUGCUUAUGCGCAAAAAAAUGAUCUCAAAACCCACCAGAAACGCAACACUUGCGGACAAAACUUCGACGUUACAAAACUGAUGACACCUCACCAGACCUCGAUUUGUGUUCGGCAACCCUCACCUGUUCCUAUCUCCAAAUCGAAAUUACCCAAAAACCAGCUAUCUACGUCACCCCCUCCUCUUGUCCCCUCAAUCACUCCACCCACCCAUCAACAACUGCCCCCUCCUUAUGAAAAUAACAGCAUCAACUAUAGCGCCCCUUCUUCCACUGUAACAAUGAUUCCAAGCCUAAACGAAAACGUUUCCUCGAUAUCACCGGCAGCAGUACAACAGCAUCAGCAGGAUCAGAUGUCUGUCGGCUCGGUGCCCGGCAGUCCGAUCAACUUCAAGAACCAACGGCAACAGUUCGACACGUUUUCCGGAUUUGUCAAUAAUCCUUACCAACAUUAGUCUAAUGGACAUCCUGUAAGGUCGUUUGCAUGUUCUAAUUUUAAUUCAACAACUUACUGCCAAACUUUAUUUUUCGUUGCUAACGAAAAAUUGUGUUUAUCAGUCAAUUUUAAUUGCCAUUAAUCUGAUUUAGAAAAAAAAGUCCUUGGACAAAACAGUGCAUAAUUGUAUCAUUAAAGUGUUAGUGAUCUUUAUUGAGAAUUAUUAUUUUAGUGUAUUUUUAGCGUUCGAUUCUGUUUGAUAUAAGCCAAUAAA